AUGGGUGUGUUUAAUUUAGUGUUUCAUCAUGGGGGAAGUUUCGUGCAAGACGGCCAUACGUAUUAUAGAGGAGGUAGUGAGACUACUGUUGAAGGUUUUAGGAUAUGGAGAAAGAUUCCGCAAACGGAUGAAGGGUUUACAAAUGUUGUUGAUGAUGCAGGAGUUGUAGAAGUUGCUAAGCAUUGUAUGUCUUGUAGGGUUCACGGCGAUCUUUGGGUAGAGCACGGUGUAGAAGACAUGAUGACCAAGGUUCUGGUACCUAAUGUUGAUGACUUCAGCACCUCUAGUGGAGAUGAUAGUACUGGUGACUAUGUUGAUGCAAGCCAAUGUUUCAAUGACAGUGAAGAGGAAAGAGUAAUUGACGUAGAAGAAGAGCAAUUUGAACAAGUGGAGGUAGCUCUUCCAGUUAGUGGGAAUAGGGUGGAGAUCGAAUGGAAAUCAUUGAGAUUCAAGCGUUGUGCAUCCAAGGAUCCCAAAAAGAUGAAAGAAAAGAGCAAAAGGGACAAGGUCAGUGUUUUGGUGCCCAAAAGUGUCUUAGGAUCUUGUUCAAAGAGGGCUACAAGGAAAUGUGAAGAUGUGGAUUAUGCUAGUGAGGAACUUGAAAGUUCAGAUGCUGAUGAAAGUGACAUGGAUGACAAACCUUCCAAGCCAAAGUAUGAGAAGUUCAGAUCAGAGCUGCUUAACAAAGACUUUCAAUUCAAAUUAGACCAACAAAAGGGACUUGUUAGUGUCUUUGAGGAAAUGCAUCAGCAAGUUGAACACAGGGUCUGCCUCAGACACCUGUAUGCAAAUUUCAAGAAGAAAUUUGGAGGGGGAGCUGCCAUUAGAGACCUGUUAUUGGGGGCUGCAAAGGCUACUUACUUCCAGGCUUGA